CGGCUCCGGCCCCCUCCCCGCAGCAGAUCAGGGACCGGCUGCUGCAGGCCAUCGACCCGCAGAGCAACAUUGUGGCAACUGCUGUUGCGUGGAGCUUACUCACGCAUGCAGAAAUACUGCAGUGGAGAGCAUCAGAAAAAUCUGAUAGACGCUGUGUUAAUGUAACAUGAAUUUCUGCAGUUACUCCUCACCACCUUCCGGAUCGGGACGUACAAUUCUGGAAUGACUGCGGAGGUUUGGAGGCGGAGGCGCGGUGGCGGCAUCCCACGCCGGGCGAUGGUCUGAGGACACCUACCGGGCACAGCCUCUGCCUCCUCUGCGCUGACGCCUCCGAGUUCUACCCGGGCUUCAGACUCUCGGCGCGUGGCUGCAGGAAGUGCCGAUAUUUUGAAGGAAAUUGUAGAACGUUGACUUGUGUAAAUCUAAAGCGGUGUCUAAAGGAAUAAAUGCAAGAUUUCUGAUCUGACUCGUUGCUCUUCUUGGUCCGCUUGGCACUUAUGUUUCCGUAGGCUGUAGGACAAUUAACUGACACCUUGGUUAGGUGUCUCAGAACUUUGCUAGUAAGUCACACUGGGUUUAUUGCUGAUGUUUCCUUUAGUUUUACAUAAGAGUGUGUUUGUUACAGCUCCUCCAGUUUCCAAGUAGGUCAGUAAAGUGUCCUUGUCCCUAUUCUUUGAACAAUCAGCUCCCUAAAGCCAGACAGUGUGACAGCAAUUUUGUGAUUAAUGCUUCCAGCAAUUAUAAAGUGGAAGGUCUUAAAUUACAUUUGGUAACUAAGACCUGUACGUGAAACAUGAAGUGACUUUGUCUUCCUUGUUGCAGAUCCAUAACAUGGUGGCAGUGCUGGAAGUGAUCUCCAGCCUGGAGAAAUAUCCCAUUACCAAAGAGGCACUUGAGGAAACAAGACUUGGGAGGCUUAUCAAUGAGGUGCGAAAGAAGACAUCCAAUGAGGAACUUGCCAAACGUGCCAAGAAAUUGUUGCGGAAUUGGCAAAAGUUGAUAGAACCUGUAACUCAGAAUGAACCAGUGCCAAGAGGGUUGCCGAAUCCACCUGGAUCAGCCAAUGGUGGUGCUCACAACUGCAAAGCAGAAGCGCAACUUCCUGCUGUGGCUGGAUCAAAGCCAAUCAGCGAAUUGAAAAGCAGGAAUGAUAUACAGAAACUAAAUUCUCCAAAACCAGAGAAAUUGGGAAAUCGGAAAAGGAAAGGUGAACACAGGGAUGGGCAUCAGGGCCCUCCUCCCCCAAAAGUCUCCAAAGCUAGUCAUGAAGUAUUACAAAACUCUUCACCCCCUCCAACAAAUGGAAUUGGAGGUAGUCCUGAAAAUUUUCCUAGUCCUGUAGACAUAAAUCUACAUGCAGGGCCUGAAAGCAGCAGGACAGAACUCAGUGAAAAUGAUAAACACAGUAAGAUCCCAGUAAAUGCUGUAAAACCUCACACCAGUUCUCCAGGACUUGUAAAACCAUCAAGCACUUCCUCGUUAUUAAAGACUGCAGUGCUUCAGCAGCAUGAUAAAUCGGAAGAAACCAUAGGACCGCACCAACCUAAGAGUCCUCGCUGUUCCUCGUUUAGCCCUAGAAAUGUUAGGCAUGAUACUUUUGCUCGGCAGCAUACUACGUACUCACCAAAGGAUUCGAUGCCCAGUCCAUCUCAAAGGUCUCAGUUCUUAGAUACUGCACAGGUGCCAUCGCCGCCACCAUCCUUGAUGCAACCCUCAACACCUCCAAUGCCAGCAAAAAGACUGGAGUUCUCUCAGCAAUCAGUAACUGAGGUAUCUCAGCACUGGCAGGAGCAGCAGGUACCUUCUGAAAGCCAGCACAGGCACACAGCAGGGACACUUCAACAGCACACAUCUCCCAGCUGCAAAACCAGCUCCCACCCUGGGGAAUCUCUCACGGCACACAUGGGCUUUUCACAGGACACUUCAAAAAUGGACAGUGAUGAUGCUGCUUCAGGUUCCGAUAGUAAAAAGAAGAAAAGGUACCGACCCAGAGACUAUACAGUCAACUUGGAUGGGCACCUGACAGAAGGGGGUGUGAAACCUGUGAGAUUAAAAGAGAGAAAACUCACUUUUGAUCCCAUGACAGGACAGAUAAAACCUUUAACACAGAAAGAUCCUUUGCAGGUAGAAAUACCUGCACUUACUGAACAGCACAGGACAGAAACGGAAAAGCAGGAGCAAAAACCCAACCUGCAAAGCCCUUUUGAACAAACGAACUGGAAAGAAUUAUCCAGAAAUGAAAUCAUUCAGUCAUAUUUAAACAGACAGAGUAGCUUGCUGUCUUCAUCAGGAGUACAGACUCCAGGAGCUCACUACUUCAUGUCUGAAUAUUUAAAGCAGGAGGAAAGCACUAGAAAAGAGGCUAGAAAGACUCAUGUUCUAGCUCCUAACAGCAAACCUACAGACUUGCCUGGGGUCACGAGAGAGGUCACAAGUGAUGACCUCAACAGAAUACGUGAACAUAACUGGCCAGGCGUGAACGGUUGUUAUGACACACAGGGUAACUGGUAUGAUUGGACACAGUGCAUAUCUUUAGAUCCACAUGGGGAUGAUGGUAGAUUGAACAUCCUGCCUUAUGUCUGCCUAGACUGAGUACAGUUUUGCUAAAAAUGCUUUUACAUCUGCAGUUAGCAAAAAUGGCAGACACUAUGCCACUUAAAGAUGGAGAAAGCCUCCUGUCCUGGACAAACAGGCCCAACGAGCAGAGGGUGUGAGGGAGCUGGUUCUUUACAGCUCUUUCCUUUAAAUUCUCCUUUUGUGAAAUGCUGCUACCAGUUUACUAACAAUUGCAAAGGAAGGCAUACGAAGGUUGAUAAGUUGAGUUCAAAACUCUAUAGCGAGCCAGCUAUAAAAAAGUGUUAGUCCCCAAGAAGUGAAGAGGAUUUCCAGCACUUUCUGAAUGCCGGAAUCUUAUUACAGGCAGGUACAGAGAAAAUUGUGGAAGUUACCUUAACAAAAUAUGCAUCUAUUUAUUUGACUUGAUUUGGGUUUUUAUUUGGCAGUGAGAUAUUCAAGAGACAAUGUGCAAAAACUGUAGUUUUAUUUGUAUCACAUCUCUGAACAUGAUUGCGUUUUGGGGUUUUUUUUUUGUUUUGGUUUUUUUUUUUUUUUUUUUUUUGUUUUGUUUUUUUGUUUUUUUAAGUCAUGUGGUACGGAGAUUGGGUUUUAAACAGCAGGUGUUGCACUGCAGGCUGGGAGACCAGCUUCAGCUCAACAUUCCAUAGGCAUCCACAUAUUUUAGUCUGGUUUCAGUUUAAAUCCAGUCUCUGAGAAAUGCUGCAAAAACUAGAUGUUUAAUGAUAUUUUUGAUCUCACCACCACCAGCCAAAUAAUUUUCCUCCUUUUCCCUUCCUGCAAACUUCUAGGAAAAAAAAAAAAAAGAAAAAAAAAAAGAAAAAUCACCUUUUCUAGAAUCUAAAUGUAAUGAGGGUGCUACAAGUUUGUAACUGUACUGUGAGAGGGAAAAAGGAAGCCUGUUUGUAUGCUGGAAAUAUACUUGUUACCAUUCCUUUAGAUAUUGUUUGCCUUAUGGAUAUCCAUCAUAAACGCAAUUUGCAAAAACAAAGAGCCUUAGUGAAUGUACAGUAACUAGACUUCUGUGUUCUUGGGAUGCAGAAGGGAGCAACUUUGCUAUUUGGUCCUUUAAGUGGACACAUUGUGAUAUAAAUGUGGAAAUAAAAAAAAUUUGCACAAAA